CUUCGGGAGAGGAUGCGGAUGGAAGGACGGGGGAGGGAAGGGAUGAAGGGAAACGCCACGAGGAAAGAGAAUAGGAUAUGAGAAAGGGGCUUUUGCUAAAGAGACCGUGAGGUGCAAGGUCGAAUAUGAGAGAUUGGUUGAACGGGGCACUUUGCGUGGUAAUAGCUGGUCGGCAAUAGUACUAUGAUUUGGUAUGUGGCCACUCUGAUAGCAAGUGUAUUCAGCACCAGAGGAACGGCCGCUCAAGGUGCCCACGGAGUGAGAGAGGAGCCCCGGUUUGUGACGGCGCGCGCCGGAGAGAGCGUGAUCCUGGGGUGUGACGUGUCCCCUCCCCUGGACGGCCAGCAGCCUCCCUAUGUGGUGGAGUGGUUCAAGUUUGGAGUGCCUAUUCCCUUCUUCAUCAACUUCCGCUUCUACCCUCCUCAUGUGGAUCCAGAGUACACAGGUAGAGCCUCUCUUCACGGGAAGGCCUCCCUACAGAUUGACCCCGUGCGCUCCGAGGACCAGGGCUGGUACGAGUGCAGGGUCCUGAUGCUGGAGCAGCAGUACGACACCUUCCACAACGGCAGCUGGGUGCACCUCACAGUCAAUGCCCCACCUUCAUUUACAGCGACGCCGCCACAGUAUGUGGAGGCGAAGGAAGGGGGAAGCACUCUGCUAAGCUGCUCUGCCCAGGGAAAUCCAAAACCAAUGAUCAGCUGGCUGAGGGAGGGGGAGGAGCUCGCCACCAACGCAAAAUACACGGUACACGAUGGCAGUCUAACCAUCCUUGGCAUCACGAGAGACGACAGAGGGGCGUACACAUGUCGAGCCUACAGUGACCAGGGAGAGGUGCUCCACACUACCCGUCUGCUGGUUCAAGGGCCUCCGUACAUCGUCUCGCCACCAGAAAACAUCACUGUCAACAUAUCCCAGAAUGCACUCUUCACCUGCCAAGCGGAGGCGUAUCCUGGCAACCUGACCUACACCUGGUUCUGGGAGGAGGAUAACGUCUACUUCAAGAAUGAUCUGAAGCUCCGAGUGCGCAUCCUCAUCGACGGCACCCUCAUCAUCUUCCGGGUCAAGCCGGAGGAUGCCGGGAAAUACACCUGCAGUCCGAGCAACAGCCUCGGUAUCUCGCCCUCGGCAUCGGCCUACCUGACUGUUCAGUACCCUGCCCGAGUGAUCAACAUGCCCCCGGUCAUCUACGUUCCACGGAAACUGCCAGGCAUCAUCCGCUGCCCGGUGGACGCCAACCCACCUGUGAUAUCAGUGAAGUGGGAGAAGGACGGUUAUCCUCUCAGAGUGGAGAAGUACCCCGGUUGGAGCCUGAUGCCAGAUGGAAGUAUCCGGGUGGCGGAGGCCACAGAAGACUCCCUGGGCACCUACACCUGUGUGCCUUACAACGCCCUGGGUACCAUGGGCAUGUCCCCCCCUGCCACGUUGGUGCUAAAGGAUCCCCCUUACUUUAAUGUGAGGCCUGGGGGGGAGUACCGUCAGGAGGCUGGGAGAGAGUUAGUUAUCCCCUGUGCUGCUUCUGGAGACCCUGAUAUACCAACCAUCACCUGGAGAAAGGUGGGGAAGCCAAGCAAGAGUAAGCACAACAUCCUACCGAGCGGCAGCUUACAGUUUCUGUCGCUCAGCAAGGAGGACCACGGAGAAUGGGAGUGUGUCGCCACCAAUGUGGUCACGAGCAUCACUGCCAGCACGCGUAUCCUCGUCAUCGGCACCAGCCCACACGCUCCUGGUAAUAUCCACGUAUUGCCCUCAACAACCUCCGCUAAUGUGUCCUGGGAACCAGGUUAUGAUGGCGGCUUCGAGCAGACGUUCUCUGUGUGGUACGGUCCAGUGUCAAAGAGAACAGACUUCGGUCCUCAUGACUGGCAUUCGAUGCCAGUUUCUGGUGCUCAGACCUGGUUGGUGGUGCCAGGGCUGGAGCCUGGGACAGAGUACCAGUUCAGUGUGUUGGCACAAAACAAACUGGGCACAGGCCCAUUCAGCGAAGUUGUGACAGUCAACACUGCAGGCUCUCCUCUGGGUACCCCAGAACCACUGGUGCUUCUUACUCCACCACGGUGCCUCACAGCCAAUCGCACGCAGCACGGUGUUCUUCUCACAUGGCUCCCUCCAGCCAACCACUCCUCGCCGAUCGACCGAUACAUCAUGGAGUUCCGCCUCGGGGAGAGGUGGGAGGUUCUGGAUGACCUGAUCCCAUCCACUGAGACUGAGCUCAUAGCUCGAGACCUCGUUCAGGAGUCCUGGUAUGAGUUCAGAGUGAUGGCUGUCAUGGACGACCUAAUCAGCGAGAGCAGCAACGUUGUCGGAGUGUCGAGCACAGAUCCCUUCCCCCCUGCAGAGCUGCCUGAGGAGGGGCUGGCGCGGCCUGUGGUGGCGGGUGUUGUGGCAACUAUCUGUUUUCUGGCAGCGGCAGUACUGUUCAGCACUCUAGCAGCUUGCUUUGUCAAUAAGCAACACCGUCGCAAACUCAAACGCAAACCAGAUCCUCCGUUGUCGGUGACACACUUCAGGAAAAGCAUUGAGUCACCGCCUCCUCUCACCCCCUUGCCAGGGGUAGAGCCCUGCUGGGACGAGCCUGCCAGGAGCAGUUUCUUGCCCCCGCCCGCCAGCCCCCUGUUAUCAUCGGGGAAGAUAAGUCCAGAGAGCUCCCCUCCAUCUCGACCCCGCUCUCUUUCUUCGGAGGGUUCCCAAGGUCCAGGCCUGUAUGUCAGGAAGCUGCCCAGCCCUCAGAGAGAUAAAGACAAAGAGCUCUCCUUCUACAAGAAAACCAAGCGUGCCAUAGCCAGCAAGAAAUACAGUGUGUCCAAGUAUGAGGCAGAGGUCACUACGCCUAUUGAGCUGAUAAGCCGCGGCCCCGAUGGCCGCUUCGUCAUGGAGACCAGCCCACCGCCCCGUCGCAUCCAGGGCUUCCCCUUCGCAGAGGAGUCUGACAUGUACCCUGAGUUCCGGCAGUCUGAUGAGGAGAAUGAUUUUGACCCCGGGCCUCUGCCGCCUAUCAUGCCCACGCUGCGGCCCCAGCUCUCCCCAACGUCCUCCAGCCUGGAGUCAACGCAACCCCCCACCUACAGUCCCCGCCUACACAGGGCCAUGGAAGGUAUGAGCUUUGCAGAGGGCAGUGCACUUCACGCCUCAGGGCAGGCCCCGGCCUCCCGCUACAGGGGCUUUCCCCAGGGCCCAUUCUAUGGGUAUCUAGGCAGCCGCGGCGAAUCAGGGAUUCCACCACCAUUCUACAUGCCUGACAUCAGCCCGCGUAGCUCCGCUCUGUCCUCCCCCCCAGGCACCGCCGAGGGGCCCUUUGGUUACCCCUCCAUCCCCGAGGAGAGUGGAGAGACGGAGCACCAUCAGUACACUGCCUCUGGCCAUUCUCUGUCUCACACACACAGCCCUCCUCCUCUCUCACCUGAAAGCUGGCAGCCUCAUGAGUUACCCUUCCUCGGUCUAGAGGGUCCACGGUUCAUAUACCCACCUCACCAUCCCUUACAUCAUCCCCAGGACCUCCCUGACCCACCCCCAUACCCUCCUCACUCUCUCCCCCCCAGUCGCCUGCACCUCCCUCCACUAAAGGAUCCAACAAGUCCUGGACUCCUGCAGCUGGAGGUCCCUGUGGCUCCCCCAGGCAGAGACAGGCCCCUGGGGCCUCCGGUUAGGCGUUUAGCUAUGCAACAGGCCCAGAGUCUCGGCCAGCUCAGACACACGGCCCACGGUGUGGGUGUACCAGUGUUGCCUUACCCUGACCCGGCAGCCCGUGCAGGGAGCCCAAGCACAGCCCCUAGUAGUAGCCCUCAGUCCUGGCUCAGCCCGAGGGCGGGGCGCCGGGCAGACCCCAGCCUACCCCCACUAGUACUCCAGCCCUCCCGCCUCUCUCCACUCUCCCAAAGCCCUCUUAGCACCCAGCCAGGUUCCCCCGAUAUUCUAGUGAGGCCCCCUCCGCGGCCCAGCAUCCUCCGCACCUCUCGGUCUCUGGAGAUGCAUGAGAUCACCCUGCAGCCCUCUGUCAGUUUCUCCCGGAGGUCCUCCUUGUCCACCUCUCCCACUCAGGGCGCCAGGCUACCCAGCCCCAGUUACCACGCCCACAUGUCGUAUGCCUCCACUGCAGCCAGUUACCCCUCCCAGUCUCCCUCUCCCCCUCUGGAGGGCAGGGAUGUUUUCGGGCAGAGGCCAUCCCAGAGAAGGACAGAGGAGGAGAUGCUGCCCUCAGAGCCCUCUCAGCUCCAGAUAUCAGCCUCAGGGGAACCUCUAGGUGCGUCUAGUGAUCCUGCCGGGUCUGAGAGCUUACCAGCACUGCUACACCACUGUAUUACUAAAGCCAAGGGAGUGGCUGCCAACAACAAUAACAACACGACCUCCGGAAGGAGAACAGGUGCGUGUUCCUCUCAGACCCAGCAGCAAUCUCAGACACCCCAAGAGGGUAAGGAUCUCAGCCUCCACAGAAAGAGGAAAAGGCAAAACAAGAAGAACCCCUAUCUCUAUUUGACCUCCUUCCUGCACCGCAGGCAGUCUGAGGAGGACCAGACAGGCAUUCUGGCCAGUGCAGACUCUGAGGGCCCAAAUUAUGGGACUCUACGCUGACCCAUUGUGCCCACCAAGCCAUUGGACUCGACUAAACUGACCUCCCCUGAAAUAAAAAACCCAACCUCAGCACUCCCUGCUCCCUGUAUCAAGCUAAUACAUUUCUUAUAAUCUCUAAAAGUUCAUCGGUGUUUGGGGAGCGGGGACGACAUACAGCUGAACACGCUGGGCCGGGGUUGGAGAUCUUAUUUGAAGACAAGAACAAUGGCUUUUCUGAGUUGUCACCACCACUUGUCUCUUGAGGAGUUUCACUUGAAAAAUGCUCUGAAAAUAUAUAAUGUAUAUAAAUAGUAAAACAAGGGAAUUAAGCUUCCUCCUACAGUAAUAACAAUGUGUUGGUUGAGUAUGUCACAACACGUUAAAGAUUUUUCACUCACUGGUCAUUGAGGGGUCCAUAUCUUUAGGUUUUUCAGUGAAACAGUGUACUGUGAAGCCUGGUGCGUCCUCGGACAGGGACAUGAGUCUACCUUUCCUACAAUACAAAUAGUGUCAGUAUUUCAACACAGGGUUCUUACCACAAAAUAUACCUCAGAGUAAACGCAGAGUUGCUGUAAUUCUUGUGGUAUACUGUACGUACUUGACCUUUUUUCAUAUUAAACGUAUGGUUAAAAAGGUUUAUAUCCCAACACACACACACACACACACACACACACACACACACACACACACACACACACACACA